GGUGGCGGCGCUGACCCUCAGUCCCUCAGCGCUCCCCUGUCCCGAUACAGGAUAAAGAUGAACGCUGACCUGACUGGAGCAGCCUGAGAAUGCUCAGCCCCCACGGGUUAAAUUCUCUGUGUGUAUCUGUCCUCACAUGCUGUUCCUUGAGGGUUCCAAAAACCCGUGUGGAUUUAAAACCCCUCCGUGUCCUACUUCAGACUGAGAUUUCUGUACAGCUCAGUGUUGCAGUGGUUUUGGGAUGUGCACUUCCAAAUUUCCCUUCCUGUGGAAUGAAUCGAAGGUCCAAUGGGUCAGGAAGGAGGUGGUGGAUCAACCCCCCAAGUCAAAGGCUGUAUCAAAGGGCUUCUCAGCUUAAUGGAGUCCUCAGGACCAGAUAAAACAAAUCAUCAUCUGGAUUUGUGGGGCUGUUUCAACGUGCUCCUGGACAAACACAAAGGGAUAAAUGUCCCGGGACAAAACCCAAACUGCAGCAAUUGGAUGUGUGUACACACUAGAGACAAAAGUCUGGGGAGGCGGCUCUGGCAGAUUAGUGCUGGGUUUGACCUGGUGAGGUUCCACAGCUUCAACAAACAGAAAAUGUUUAUGAAAUGUCACGGGCUGGAAAAGUAAAUCCGCCUUCUCCACCGAGCCAUCAUCCGUGCUGCGCUCUGCCAAGCUCUAUUUCGAGGCACAGUCCCUGUGUGCAAUGCCAGUGAUGACGGCCUCAAAUUUAUUCUGAUGCCAAGGACUCCGAUAUUGCUGUAAACAUGCACGACUUUUCCUCGAGGCGCUCCUGAUGUGGGCUGCAGUUCCCGUAGGGAUCAGCAGAUACACCUGACCGUCCCUCCCAUCACACAGUGACCGAACCAGCAUGCUGACUGAUUUCUGGGGAGGAUAAAAGCUGCUUUAGACGUGGACCUGCUCCGGUUUGAACAAUUGCUGUUAAUGGAACCGACUUCCAACCAGCUCCAUGAAGUGACAUCGUUCAGGUAGCUGUAUCCAGCUGGGUGGCAGGUGGAUCCAAGGGUUACCAUGAAGUUUUCAGGACCCCUGGAGAGCCAGAGGUUGUCUCUCCUUCUGGAGAUGGCAAUCUCUAGGGAAGCUCAAAUGUGGAAAGCACAUGUGCCGAAAAUUCAGCCCAAUCAGGAUGUAGCCAUUUCUCCAAGGCAGAGGGAUGAGGUCAUCCAGUGGCUGGCCAAGCUCAAGUACCAGUUCCACCUUUACCCAGAAACGCUUGCCCUGGCCAUCAGCCUCUUGGACAGGUUUUUAGCAGCAGUAAAGGCCCGUCCCAAGUACCUGAACUGUAUUGCAAUCAGCUGCUUCUUCCUCGCUGCAAAGACCAUUGAGGAAGAUGAGAGGAUUCCAGUACUCAAAGUGUUGGCUCGGGAUAGCUUUUGUGGUUGUUCUCCAGCUGAAAUUCGCAGAAUGGAGAAGAUCAUCCUGGAUAAACUGAACUGGGAUCUUCACAUGGCGACGCCACUGGAUUUCCUUCAUAUUUUCCACGCCGUGGCGGUGUCCAGCAGGCCGCAGCUCCUGGCCCUGCUGCCCACGCCGAGCCCCUCGCAGCACGUGGCGGCGCUCACCAAGCAGCUGCUGCACUGCAUGGCCUGUUUCCAGCUGCUGCAGUUCAAGGGCUCCAUGCUGGCGCUGGCCAUCGUCAGCCUGGAGCUGGAGAAGCUGCUCCCCGACUGGCUGGCUCUCAUCAUCGAGCUGCUCCAGAAGGCACAGAUGGACAGCUCGCAGCUGAUCCACUGCCGGGAGCUGGCGGCACAUCACCUUUCCACUCUGCAGCCUUCUCUGCUGCCCAACUCUGUAUAUGUCUACAGUCCCCUCCAGCAGAUCCUGGUGACCUGUAACAGAGGAGCGUUCCACCGCCAGCCCUCCUCUGUCCCAGGGCCGGGUUUCUCCCAGGACAACGGCCGGCCAGAAGCGCCCGUCACAGCUACAGCCGCGCUCUGCCCGCGCCUGCCCGCCCCUGCCAGCGGCUGCAAGCCAGGCUCCGCCAAGCGCAAGGUGGAAGAGAUGGAAGUGGAUGACUUCUACGAUGGCAUCAAGCGCCUCUACAACGAAGACCUGGCUCCGGAGGCAGCGGCCCUGGAGAACAUGGGCUCUGUCUGCGGCGCUGACGUCUCGCGGCAGGAGGGCAGCGUGUCCCCCUGCCCGCCUCUGCAGCCGGUGUCUGUCAUGUAGCUGCGAGUGCCACCACGGGACACGGCAGCCCGUGGCCUCAGCGGGGCGAGAAGGGGCCUUACCUUGUCAGGCUGAACUGAAGGGAGCCAAAAGAAAACCAGGGAAAAAAAAAAAAUCCCAACCCUUUUUUGAAUUUUAUUUCUUGUGCGGCUAAUUCUAGUUCCACUAUUUAAGCACUUAAAAAACACAAAAAAGUAUAAAAAUCUAAAAAAAAGACCCAAAAACCAAACAAAAAAAGUAGCAAAAACCUGUUCCUUUCUAGUGUUGUCGGUUCCACUGUUUUUCUGCUCCUGUGUGUUGUAACCCAUUCUCCACAUCCGAGAGCUCGCACAUCAGCCCUGUGGAGUUGUUCCAGGUUUCCCAGCCAACUAAUGCCUCUCUGAUCCCAUUGUCACCUGCUCCUUGCUCCCUUUCUGCCUGCUCCUCUUUUAGUUCUUGGCCAGUCUCGUGCAUGACAUUCUGUCCUGCCCCACCUCCCACCACAGCUUUCUUUUGCCCUUUUAAACAGAAAACCUCUUUCCUUUAUAGUUGGGUGUUUAAACGUGAUAAUAUUGAAAAACCAGAUUUAAACACAAGAUUAGGCAGGAAAAAAACCCAAACCAGUGCUUGCAAGCUGCUCCACACUUCAGUAAUUUCCACAGGAGUGUGAAGGUGCUCUGUGCCCUGCACAGAGACUUCUCCCUGUUACCCUAGUUUGUCUCUCCCAGCACAGAAAGCAAUUACUGGGUUUUUCAUCACUAGAACUGAAACCUUGUUUUUUCUUGCUGUGUGCAGUCAGUGUGGAUUCUCACCAAGGCUUGGUUCUCUCCAUUUGAAUAGUGCAGAGCCUGGUUCUCCCUGCACAUUUCCCAGCACUGCUGGGUGAGGUGCUGGGCAGCUGCAGACACCUGAGGUUUGGAACGUGUGUCAACAUCAGGCACAGAACCAAAACAGAACACCCCCGACCCUGGAGUUUUGUGUUCAUGUAACUUCUAACCAAGAGUCUGACCUUUACUGCGUCUCCUCCAUGUGACACCCUGUUCUCAGAACACCCUGUCCCGACUGUAAGCUCUCUCCACAGCCCUGAGGAAGGUAUCGUAUCCAGAGCCAUUGUACUGGUGAAAGCCUUCUGGUAGCAAUAAAGAAAGUUGUCCUGGA